CCGGCGCUGGGCGGGACGCGCGGGCAUGGGGCGGGAGGGGCCGAGGGGCCUCUCCCUGCCUCCCCGCCUCUGGGCGGGGGCCGGGCGGCCGGAGAUUGGCUGGGGCGCUCGGUGAGGCCUGGGCAGGAGCCCCGAGGUGGGAGGCGCCAGGAUCAGUCGGGGCGCCCGGAGCCGAGCGCAGGCUGCCAUCCACCUGGGCGACCUCCUCGGCGGCUGCUGGAGAGCGUCGGAACUGGGGGCGUACGCCUGGGCACCUGGGCCGCCGCGCACCGAGCGUCGGGGUGUUGCGCGGCGCGCGCCUGGAGAGGGCGCAGCCAUGCGGGCGGCGGCUGGGGGCGCGCGGACCGCCGCGCUGGCGCUGCUGCUGGGGGCGCUGCGCUGGGCGCCGGCGCGCGGCGAGGAGUACGACUACUACGGCUGGCAGGCCGAGCCGCUGCACGGCCGCUCCUACUCCAAGCCGCCUCAGUGCCUCGACAUCCCCGCCGACCUGCCGCUCUGCCACACGGUGGGCUACAAGCGCAUGCGGCUGCCCAACCUGCUGGAGCACGAGAGCCUGGCCGAGGUGAAGCAGCAGGCGAGCAGCUGGCUGCCGCUGCUGGCCAAGCGCUGCCACUCGGACACGCAGGUCUUCCUGUGCUCGCUCUUCGCGCCCGUCUGCCUCGACCGGCCCAUCUACCCGUGCCGCUCGCUGUGCGAGGCGGUGCGCGCAGGCUGCGCGCCGCUCAUGGAGGCCUACGGCUUCCCCUGGCCUGAGAUGCUGCACUGCCACAAGUUCCCCCUGGACAACGACCUCUGCAUCGCAGUGCAGUUCGGGCACCUGCCCGCCACCGCGCCUCCAGUGACCAAGAUCUGUGCCCAGUGUGAGAUGGAGCACAGCGCCGACGGCCUCAUGGAGCAGAUGUGCUCCAGUGACUUCGUGGUCAAAAUGCGCAUCAAGGAAAUUAAGAUAGAGAAUGGGGACCGGAAGUUGAUUGGAGCCCAGAAAAAGAAGAAGCUGCUCAAGCCGGGCCCCCUGAAGCGCAAGGACACCAAGCGGCUGGUGCUGCACAUGAAGAACGGCGCAGGCUGCCCCUGCCCACAGCUGGACGGUCUGUCAGGCAGCUUCCUGGUCAUGGGCCGCAAAGUGGAUGGACAGCUGCUGCUCAUGGCCGUCUACCGCUGGGACAAGAAGAAUAAGGAGAUGAAGUUUGCGGUCAAAUUCAUGUUCUCCUACCCCUGCUCCCUCUACUACCCUUUCUUCUAUGGGGCUGCAGAGCCCCACUGAAGGGCACUCCUCCCUGCCCUGCCAGCUGUGCUUUGCCCUCUGGCCCCGCCCCAACUUCCAGGCUGACCCAGCCCUGCCAGAGGGUGUUUCUGUGAGUGUUGUUACUGGCACAGGCCCCAAGAGAUGGGCAGGGAGCCCAGGCUGUCCUUUUUGUCUGGGGGUCCUGAGGUCCCUGGGAUGUUGGCUUCCUCUCUCAGGAGCAGGGUGUCUUCAUCUGGGGGAAGACCCCAGGGUCUAAGAAAGUAGGCAGGGGAGGAGAGGAUGAGGAAAGGGUGGAGGGUCACGGGGCACCCUGUGUGGGAGGUUUCAGAGUAGAUGGUGAUGUCAGCUCCCCUCUGUCAGGGUAGGGCCUCACCUUGAAGAGGGAAAUCUCAAUAUUAGGCUAAGCUGCUGGGGAGACAGUUCUCCCCAUUGCCCCUGUAUGUAUCAUCCUAGCCCCCAAAGGAAACGAGUUAGGGUCUCAAUGCCUCCAGCCACACCCUCUGCCUUCCCCAGCUUGCCCAUGUCCCUGCCCCAAGGCAGAGAGCUCUCCCUGGACUGGAAAGCAAGCCCAGCCCACCCUUGGUGCAUACCCCUUUCCUGGACACCUGCAGGCCCACGUCCCGGGGUUCACUCCUCAGCCUCCGCAUCUCCCUUUCAUCCUGAUGAUAAGUUAUUGCUACUGCUGUGAAGACAUAGGUACUAGACAACCAAUACUUGCAGGGUUGAAUUUUCUAAUCUUUUUUUACUUCUUAAUUAAAUCAAGGAAAACAA